AUGAGCUAUUCGCUGCACGUCACAAACACACCACACGCAACGUCCUCCUCAACCGGCAAACGCUCCUCCCCCUCACUCGCCACGCCUCCCUCGGCCAAACGCACCCGCACGACCCUCACCCUCUCAGACGCGACCAACCUUUCGCGCGACGAGGCGCUCAACCUCUCGCACGCCGAGCUGGUCGAUGCGUUCGUCCUCGUCCGGGACGCUCUCGACAAGGAGCGCAAGAAGCCUGUCGCGAUUGGAAGUGCGGGGAACGCGCCGAAGGAGUGGACCGAGGAGGAGAUCAAGGUUAAGGUUGCGCAGGUCGCAAAGGUCGCUCGCAGCGGCAUCAAGUCCUUGAUGAAAUGGCAACCCUCGUGCAAGCGCGGCGGCAAGCGCUUCAGCUACCAAGGCGUCGUCCCUCACCCGCACGUCCUCUACUCGCUCUCCAACUUCGAGGUCCCGAAGACAAAGUCGAAGCAGUGGAAGCAGAAGAAGCUCACGGUCGACGAGCUCGAGAACGCUCUCGGCGACCUCACUGCCCCCAUCCGCUACGGCGAGCUCAGGAUCAACUCGCGCGAGGUCACGCUCCACUUCGACUCGGAUACCAACGCGUUCAAAAUCAGCGGCACCUACGGCCUUUGA